AUGGAAAUUCAGUUCACAGAUGAAAAAUUCGAAUAUCAUUGUAGUGAUUAAGUCUAUGAAAAUUUAGGAGUGAAAGAUGAUCCUACUAAAGUUAAAGAAUACUUCAUUAUCUUAAUGAGUGACAUCAUUAAAGAUAGAGAAGUUAAAAUUGAACAACUCACUAAUCAAUAAGAGUAUUUGGUAUAAGUUGGUAAUGGUGAAUGCUAUUUAAUAUAACAAAAUAGAAUUUAUAAAUGCAACUCAUUUACAACUUUAAAAUCUAAAUUCUUGUAAAAUUGCUCCACAUCAUUAAGUAAUAUGAUCGAUCUAACAUUAAAUAAAUGA